CGUCUCAUGUUUACCACGGGGUGUUCAGUAGAUUGGCGUCCCCGUGUUGUUGUUUUUUAGGACACCAUGCGAACUUGAACUGAAAAGCAGUAAGCAAAAAAAUAAAUCUGUGAUCGGAAACAACUCAUCUGGACUCCAGGAGCCGGGGGUCCCAGCCGGGAGUCCUACCCGAUGGCAUCCGCCGGACAGAUGCAGCCCAGCGGGCCGGGGGAGGGAGCGGGGCUCGGGGAAAGCCUGUCCAUCCACGACAGCACAGAGAAGCUGAACUCCUCCGCUGUCAAUCGCAUCCUGAUGGAGUUCUUGUCUUACUUUGGCAGAGCCGUGCUCGUCUUCUACCCCGUGUAUCUGGCGGGAUAUCUGGGCUUCAGUAUCAGCUGGGUGCUGCUGUGCAUGGUGCUUGCAACUUGGUGGAAAAAAAAUCGCCAGUGGAAAGAGACCCGGAUCGGAACCGCCAUCGAUUUUGUGGAUAAUGAAACACCUUUGAUCAACAAGGAGCUGCGAAGUGCCUUGCAGAUGGCAUCAUGGGUCCAAUUUCCAGAUGUUGAGAAAGUUGAAUGGCUUAACAAGGUGUUGGAGCAGGCGUGGCCUUUCUUUGGGAUGUUCAUGGAGAAGCUCCUUAAAGAAAAUAUCCAGCCGGCCAUCAGGCUCUCCAGCCCCGCGCUCAAAAUGUUUGCUUUCACCAAGGUCCACUUUGGACGCGUACCUCUGAAGAUCACUGGAAUGAAAGCAUACACGGAUGAAGUGGAUCAGCGACAGGUGGUUCUGGACUUGAAUUUAAGUUAUGAGGGCGAUGUGGACAUCAACGCUGUGGUGAAGGAGCCAAUCAGAGCCGGUAUCAAGGAACUUAAACUCAAGGGGAUGCUGAGAGUCAUUUUAGAGCCGCUUAUUGGUGAAGCGCCACUUGUAGGAGGAGUCACCUACUUCUUCAUUCGCCGGCCUACCCUAAAAAUCGACUGGACUGGCAUGACCAACCUUUUGGACAGCCCUGGCUUCAGUUCGUUGUCUGACGAGACCAUCAUGGACAACAUUGCCUCGCUCAUGGUGUUGCCCAACCGCAUGUGUGUGCCCCUCAUAGACCAGGUCAAAGUGGACCAGAUGAGGUUCCCACUACCUCGUGGUGUGGUCAGGGUCCACUUGGUCGAGGCCAGAGACCUGGAGGCCAAGGACACUUACAUGAUGGGUUUAGUGAAAGGCAAAUCAGACCCCUACGCAAAACUCAGAGUCGGAAACCGCCAAUUCAAAAGCAAGACCAUCAAAGAGAAUCUGCACCCCGUGUGGAAGGAAGUGUAUGAGUUUGUCGUCCACGAGGCCCCGGGGCAAGAGCUGGAGAUGGAGGUAUAUGACGAGGACACGGAUAAAGAUGACUUCCUUGGAAAGUAUAACCUUGAUUUGGGAGACGUGAAGAGGGAUAAAGAAAUUGAUCAGUGGUUUCCCCUGGAAGGGGUUGAGAGUGGAGAAGUUCACCUCAAGCUGCAGUGGUUUUCCCUUAAGUCUGACCCCAGCCUGCUGACCGAGUCUGCAGACGGCCUUGCUUGUGCUAUGCUUGCAGUGUAUCUGGACAAUGCUACAAACCUACCGAAAAACCACAGUGAGAUCACCGAGAAUCAGAAACACGGGAAGCACACAAGGGAAGCCCGGCUUACAAAGAGAGUUGCCUGUCCGAACUCCUAUGUGGAAUUUUCCAUUGAUAAAGUAGUUCAGAAAAGCAAGAUUGUGUUUGCAUCUAAAGACCCGGUGUGGGAGGAGGGCUUCACCUUCUUUGUGCAUAAUGUCAAUACACAGCAGCUCAUGAUUCAGGUUAAAGAGCACGAGAAGAAGUCUCAGCUCGGUGUUUUCAACUUGCCCCUGUGUCGUCUCCUCAACACCUCCGACUUGACUCUGGACCAGUUCUUCCCAUUGGAGCGCUCCGGAGCAAACAGCCAGAUCAAGAUGAAAGCAACUCUCAGGAUUCUUGCUGUGGAAAAGCCUCCACCCAAGAUUGUCCACAAAUCUCCUCCCCAAGUCAAACCACAGACCAACCAAGGAGGUAACGCCCCAGCCUCCUCUGCGGCAGUUUCCUCCAACACCGUCCCUGCUAGCCAAGCCUCCUCUCCGACCCCGGCAGCUAAUGUCCAGAAUGGCUCUAAUACGGUCCAGAAUGGCUCUAAUACGGAGUAUUCAACUCACCGCCGCAGCUCCCUCCUGGCUUCUGAAACCUACCGGCCACCUUCUUCCGUAUCCAACAUGCGUCGGUAUGACUCCCACAGCCUCCUGUCAGAGAACUCCAUCGCUUCGUCACGUUUUGACCUUUCAGAAGGAGCCUCGUAUCCAGAGGCUAUCAGGAAUCAUCAGGGUUCGUUUGGGGAGAUCUACCUGAGUGUACGCUAUGCCACCCUGAGGAAAAAACUCGUCAUCACAGUUGGCGCCUGCAGGAACUUAUUCCGCUUCAGUGCGGCUGGCACAGACUCUUACGUCCGCCUGUAUUUGCUCCCUGACCACUCCUGGAAACACCGCAAGAAAACACACGUCAAAAGGAAGACAGUCAAUCCCUCCUUCGAUGACAAGUUUGAAUUUGAUGUGUCACUUGAAGAAGCAAAAACUAGGAAGUUGGAUGUGUCUGUAAAAAAUGGCAAGAUGCUACACUCACGGGAGAGAAAGGACAUUGGCAUGGUGAUGCUAGAUUUUUCACAGGUGGAUCUAACCAAAGGCAUCGCGAACUGGUUUGAGCUCACGUUGCCUGGGCUGAAUAACUCCAGCUACGGGGCAGAGAGGUAAAGCAGCAGCUCCUCAGCCACUGCAAGGAGAGUUUCAUAUUCCUUUGUCUUCCUUAUCAUCGUGGACCAGAGUUGGGUUUUCCAAGAGCAGCACUAAACCCAUCUCAGACACUGGAGAUGUUUGUUACUGAAUGUCAAGGUGUAAUAAUGCAAAUAAGAAUUUUAAACGUGCUUCCUUUCGUAUUGCAGAUAAUGUUGGCACAAACAUUUUAUUGUGGCUUAUUUGGGUUGACAAGAAGCCCAGUGAUCCUGAAUAGUAAUGAUAUUACUAAGCAUGUCUUUUCCAUUAAAAAAAGAGAAUGUAACUCAUCAGAAAAUGGUUUGAAUUCUACUCAAUCGAAAAACAAAGGUGAUGUCUUUAUUUUUAUAUUUUUGGAGAGAGGUUUAGUUUUUGAGUUGACCUAAGCCAAAGUAAUCCCCUUGUAUUUUCAUGUAAAUAUAGUUUGUAUAUAAUAUAUCAAAGGAAAUAAAGGUAUAGACGUGUGUUUGUUCCAGCAAACACACGGUGGGACAUUGCAUGGUGAGGAAGGGUUACAUGCUUAAAUAUACACUGACAAACACAUAUUUACAACUGGAAGAAGCCAAAUACAACUAGAGUUUUGUGUGGGCAGCUGAGAGAAAUUACAUCAAAGCAAGGCACAGUUCUAUGUUGGGCGGCAAGAUACAGUCCUUUGCUCAAGGACUCCUUGACCAUAGUUACUGACAGAGUGUCCAAGUACAUCUUUUGAACCUAGUUAACGCACCUUUACCACCUGGUCUUUAAGAUAUCUUCAUUUUCAAUAUUUCAAAUACUUUACACAAAACUUUAAUGAGUGCCUUACAUAUGUUUGCAGUAAAACUGUUUUUUAUGACGGAGAGGGAACAAAUAAAAAAAAAAAAGCUUUCAGAAUUUAUGUACAAUUUAACUUGGAAAAGCAUGUUAAUUCAUUAAGAUAUGG